AUGACCUUGAAUGACAAUACCCAUAUAAACCAGGUAGGUCCAAGUGCAGGAACUGACACUGAGAUUAGCAAGGGCACACCUGCAUCCGAAUAUGACUUCACGGUGGACGAGAACAACUAUUCAUCAGCUGCAACUAGCGGCACAUCAUCCAGGCAGAGUAGUAUAUAUAGACACAACCAUUGCAGUAACCAAAAACCUCUCAACGUGCUGAAUGCUCACAUUGUCAAUGAUUCCAAUCAGUAUGUUUUCGACAAUAUACCAGAGACCAAAGAUAUUUGUCUACCAAACCAUUCAAUAGACGACAUUAAUGAGAUAUCAGUGGAUAUUGGUGGCUCAUUAGCUAAAGUAGUUUACUUCACCAAGGACCCAAUCAACGAAGAAGGAGUCAGACUGAAUUUUUACAAAAUUGAGACGGAUAAAAUAGACAGAUUUAUUGAGUUCUUGAAUGAUAUAAUAACGAAAAAUUUCCCCGAUCGAAGCAGGACUGAAGUUACAGUUAUAGCCACUGGUGGUGGUGCCCACAAGUACCACGACAAGCUAGUUGAAAAGCUGAACUGCAAAGUACAAAAGGAAGAUGAGAUGCAAUGUUUGAUUAUAGGAUUGGAUUUCUUUAUUACUGGUAUCAAGAAUGAGAUUUUCUAUUAUGACGAAGAUGACAAUAAAUAUAUUGAAAUUGAGCAGGAUGAUGAAUCGUCAAGCCCAGAGUCAGUCUACCCGUACUUAUUGGUCAACAUUGGAUCAGGUGUUUCAAUGAUCAAAGUUACUGGUCCCAAUGAGGGCAAUUUUGAAAGGGUUGGGGGUUCCUCACUUGGAGGGGGUACUUUGUGGGGGUUGCUUUCGAUUUUGACAGAUUGUAACAGUUUUGAUGAAAUGCUCGAGAUGGCUUCAUUGGGGAACAACGAAAAUGUCGAUCUAUUAGUUGGUGAUAUUUAUGGGAAAUCUUACAACAAAAUUGGACUAAAAUCAAAUCAUAUAGCUUCAUCAAUGGGUAAAGUAUUCAAAGAAGUUUUAGAUACCAAAACUGGUGAAAAAUUAUCCAGAAUGGAAAGACUGGAGAAGUUCGAUCAGCGAGACAUUGCAAGAUCGAUGCUUUAUGCUGUCUCGUACAACAUUGGACAAAUUUCAUAUUUGCAGGCCCAACGUUACGAUCUAAAGAAAAUCUAUUUUGCAGGCUCAUAUAUUAGAAAUCACAAUCAAACAAUAAGGACGUUGAGUUUUGCAAUUGAUUUUUGGUCUCAGGGUGAGAAGAAGGCAUACUUUUUAAACCACGAGGGAUAUUUAGGAGCAAUGGGAGCCUUUUUGAUGCGUCGAAAUGAACCAAUCCAUUGA